AUGUCAAUUAGUGAAUUAUUGACUAAAGUUCAUUAUAUACCACAUUACUUACCCUUCAACAGCGGUUAUCCGAUGCAUAUAAAAAAGAAUAUUCCAUUUACCGUGAUAGUUCGUGCAAUGGAAUUUUGUUCAAUAUUUGACACAUAUUUAUAUGAACGUGAAAAUUUAAGAGUGGCUCUAUUGUUAAAUAAAUAUCCUGGUGAAUUUAUAGAUAAACAAAUUAAUCAAAUGUUAACUACAAAUAAUUACGGAAUAAUUAGGGAGGAAAUUCUUAAUAAUCCUUGUCAAGAAAAAGUACCGAUUGAUUAUUGUGGAACAAUGUUUGUUCAUUUUGCCUUUUAUUCAAAUAUAAAUACUUCCCAGGACGAUGAUUCCUGA